ACCGGCAGUUGCUGGCAAGCCCGGGAGGACGAGGCGGCUCUCGUUGCCUUGGACGUUGCAUCCGUGAGGGAGUCGUGUCGGCGCCCCCCUGGCCCCCAAGCCCGCUGACCUCCCAAAAGGCUCGUGUGCUCUCCCGAACUCGCCAGCCGCUCGCCGCUUGCCCUGCAGGCCGUGCCUCCUGCAUCAUGUGCGGUAUAUUUGCUUACUUAAACUACCAUGUUCCUCGCACGAGACGAGAAAUUUUGGAGACCCUAAUCAAAGGCCUUCAGAGACUGGAGUACAGAGGAUAUGAUUCUGCUGGUGUGGGGAUUGAUGGAGGCAAUGACAAAGACUGGGAAGCCAAUGCCUGCAAAAUCCAGCUCAUUAAGAAGAAAGGAAAAGUUAAGGCGCUGGAUGAAGAAGUUCACAAACAACAAGAUAUGGAUUUGGAUAUAGAAUUUGAUGUACACCUUGGAAUAGCUCAUACCCGUUGGGCAACGCAUGGCGAACCCAAUCCUGUCAAUAGCCAUCCCCAGCGCUCUGAUAAAAAUAAUGAAUUUAUUGUUAUUCACAAUGGAAUCAUCACCAACUACAAAGACUUGAAAAAGUUUUUGGAAAGCAAAGGCUAUGACUUUGAAUCUGAAACAGACACAGAGACAAUUGCCAAGCUUGUUAAAUACAUGUAUGACAAUCGGGAAAGUCAAGAUACAAGUUUUACUACCUUGGUGGAGAGAGUCAUCCAACAAUUGGAAGGUGCUUUUGCACUUGUAUUUAAAAGUGUUCAUUUUCCUGGCCAAGCAGUAGGCACAAGACGAGGUAGCCCUCUGUUGAUUGGUGUACGAAGUGAACAUAAACUAUCUACUGAUCACAUUCCAAUCCUCUACAGAACAGGCAAAGAUAAGAAAGGAAGCUGUAAUCUCUCUCGUGUGGACAGCACAACUUGCCUUUUCCCCGUUGAAGAAAAAGCAGUGGAGUAUUACUUUGCUUCUGAUGCAAGUGCUGUCAUAGAACAUACCAAUCGUGUCAUCUUUCUCGAGGAUGAUGAUGUCGCUGCAGUGGUGGACGGCCGUCUUUCUAUCCAUCGAAUUAAACGGACUGCGGGAGAUCACCCUGGACGAGCUGUGCAGACCCUCCAGAUGGAACUCCAGCAGAUCAUGAAGGGCAACUUCAGUUCAUUUAUGCAGAAGGAAAUUUUUGAGCAGCCAGAGUCAGUUGUGAACACAAUGAGAGGAAGAGUCAACUUUGAUGACUAUACUGUGAAUUUGGGCGGUUUGAAGGAUCACAUUAAGGAGAUCCAGAGGUGUCGGCGUUUGAUUCUUAUCGCUUGUGGAACAAGUUAUCAUGCUGGUGUAGCAACACGUCAGGUUCUUGAAGAGCUGACUGAGUUGCCUGUUAUGGUGGAGCUAGCCAGUGAUUUCCUGGAUAGAAACACCCCAGUUUUUCGAGAUGAUGUUUGCUUUUUCAUUAGUCAGUCAGGCGAGACAGCAGAUACCCUGAUGGGUCUUCGGUACUGCAAGGAGAGAGGAGCUUUAACUGUCGGGAUCACAAACACGGUUGGCAGUUCCAUAUCAAGAGAGACAGACUGUGGAGUUCACAUCAAUGCUGGGCCCGAGAUUGGGGUGGCCAGCACAAAGGCAUACACAAGCCAGUUUGUAUCCCUUGUGAUGUUUGCUCUUAUGAUGUGUGAUGACAGGAUCUCCAUGCAAGAGAGACGCAAAGAGAUCAUGCUUGGAUUGAAGCGGCUGCCUGAUUUAAUUAAGGAAGUUUUGAGCAUGGAUGAUGAAAUUCAGAAACUGGCAACAGAACUUUAUCACCAGAAGUCGGUCUUGAUAAUGGGACGUGGCUAUCAUUAUGCUACUUGUCUUGAAGGGGCCCUAAAAAUCAAAGAAAUCACUUACAUGCACUCUGAAGGUAUCCUUGCUGGUGAGUUGAAACACGGCCCUCUAGCUUUGGUGGAUAAGUUGAUGCCUGUCAUCAUGAUCAUCAUGAGAGAUCACACCUAUGCCAAGUGUCAGAAUGCUCUUCAGCAGGUGGUUGCUAGGCAGGGACGGCCAGUGGUGAUCUGUGAUAAGGAAGACGCUGAGACCAUUAAGAACACAAAAAGAACAAUCAAAGUGCCACACUCAGUGGACUGCCUGCAGGGCAUUCUCAGCGUGAUCCCCUUACAGUUGCUGGCCUUCCACCUGGCUGUGCUGAGAGGCUAUGAUGGGACACGGGUCGGAGCCCUGGUCCGGGAACAUCCCACAUGCCGUGGAGCAACUAAGCCUGUGUGCUACAACUACAGAGCCUGCUCCCUAGAGCCCGCGAGCCACAACUGCUGAGCCUGCGCUCUAGAGCCCGUGAGCCACAACUACUGAGGCUGCGUGUCACAACUACUGAAGCCCGUGUGCCUAGAGCCUGUGCUCCGCAACAGCAGAAGCCACCGCAAUGGGAAGCCUGUGCGCUGCAAUGAAGAGUAGCCCCUGCUUGCCGCAACUAGAGAAAAAGCCCACGUGCAGCAACAAAGACCCAGCACAGCCAAAAAUAAAUAAAUUAAUUUAAAAUAAAGGAGAUGGAAAAAUAUAUUACCUAAUCAACAAAAACUGGGGCUCUCACUAAAGGAUCUCUCAAAGCUAAACGCUAAGGUGAGGGGAAAAUGAUCCCAGAAAGAUUUGAGAUGCAACAUAAAUGAAUGGUGAGCGAAGAAACACUGAAAUGAGGGUAAAUCUAAAGCACUGACUGUCCAAAACAGUAAUAAUAAUUUUUUAAAUUUGAGAAGCUAUAGAACAAUCCAUGAUAAAUUAAAAUGCUAGACAAUAAUAUAACUUGGGA